GACACGCCCCCUGGCCACACGCACACGAUUCGCGCAGAAAAGUGAAGUACUGACUGGGAACAAAACUUCUUACAUUUCUUUUAUUUUUUAAAUUUAAUUUAUGAAUUAAUAUAAUCGAACGUUCUAUAUCUACAGCCUCGAACGUUUAAUACAUGCCACAGAGAUCAUUAUGACGCGAGAGGAAGACCUAAUUCGCAUCGCCAAAAAACUGGACAAGAUGGUGUCUAGAAAUAACACGGAGGGGGCCUUGGACCUGCUUAGGGAGCUAAAGGGCUUCAACAUGACCCUGAAGCUACUGCAGGACACACGUAUCGGCAUGUCUGUGAACGGAAUCAGGAAGCACUGCACGGACGAUCAGGUUGUCAGCCUGGCCAAAAUCCUCAUCAAGAACUGGAAGAGGCUUCUAGAAUCGGCCCAGUCUCAGAGGGAGGAGAAGGCGAGUGAGAAGAGCAACGGGACAGAAUCUGGCAACCCUCCGGCUGCAGGGAACCCAGAGCCUACAGCCAGGACCCCAACCGAGAAGGAGUCCAGGAGGUCGUCCGCCCAUUCGAAACUAAGCUUAGAGUCUCAGAAGAAGCACCCGGGCGAGCAGAAAAAAGACAAACCCAUGGGCGAACACAAAAAAGAGAAACGAGCAGGCGAACAGAAGAGGGAGAAGGAGAGGAAAGAUGCUCCCGACCUCAGCAUUCUUUUCCCUCCUCUUCAUCUUCAUCCUCCUCCUCCUCCCAAACGUCCAUCGGUGGAAGUGAAGAAGGAGAGGAAAGAUGCUCCGGACCCCAACGCUCUCUUUCCUCCUCUUCCUCUUCAUCUCCAUCCUCCUCCUCUGCCCAAGCGCCCGUCGGUAGAAGUGAAGAAGGAGAGGAAAGAGGCUCCAGACCCAAACACUCCUGUGCCUCCUCUUCCUCUACACCUUCAUCCUCCUCCGCCACCCAAGCCCGCAGUGGCAGAAGUGAAGGAGAGAAAAGAAUCUACAGAUUCCAAACAGCUUUCUCAGAAACGACCAUCCCAUGAUCUGAAAAAAGAAAGAAAGGACUCUGCAGACAGCAGACCCCCAAAACGACCCUCUGUGGAGGCCAGAAAAGACAGAAAAGACUCAGAUUCCAAGCCACUGCUCCCCAAACGGCAAAGUCAAGAUGGCAAGAAAGACAGAAAGGACUCUACCGACUCCAAGCCUGGUCACAUUGUGAAGAGACACUCGAGCGAUGGCAAAUUGGAGAGGAGGGACUCAACUGAUACCAAGACUCAAAGCUCACCUUCAGCAAAGAAGUUGUCUGGGGACAGGAGAGACUCACUAGGCCCAAAGUCCCCUCACCCCGGGCCCCUACAGAGAAAAGCCUCCACGGACAGCAACGACCGGAUGAGCAUCAAGGGCAAGCCCGACACCCCGAAGACGCCCACCUCACCCACCAGCCCCCUCUCGCCCUCGUUCAGCCCGGUGGGAGGCCCGCUCGCCCCUCACCUCCUGACGGGGGACUCCGUUCGGGACAAGUGCAUCGAGAUGCUGUCUGCGGCACUGCGCACUGAUGAUGACUACAAAGAGUUUGGCACAAACUGUGACUCCAUGGCAGCAGAGAUUGAAGAUCAUAUCUACCAGGAGUUGAAAGCCACGGACAUGAAGUACAAGAACCGGGUGCGCAGCCGCAUCAGCAACCUGAAGGACCCCAAGAACCCCGGCCUGCGUAAGAACGUCCUGGCCGGGACCAUCGAGCUGCAGCGCAUUGCUACCAUGACGGCUGAGGAGAUGGCCAGCGACGAGCUGAAGAAGCUGAGGAACGAUCUGACUCAGGAGGCCAUCCGGGAGCACCAGAUGGCCAAAACCGGGGGCACCACCACCGACCUGCUGCAGUGCGGCAAGUGCAAGAAGAAGAACUGCACCUACAACCAGGUUCAAACACGCAGUGCUGACGAGCCCAUGACCACCUUCGUGCUGUGCAACGAGUGUGGAAACCGCUGGAAGUUCUGUUGAAGAUCCAGCACAACAGUCACAAGGCUUCAGUCUCAUCAUAGCGAAAUGUGUCAAUUUACACACACACACAGCGAUUCUUUUUUUUUUGUAUCAGGAAGAGGAGGAAAUAUAGCAAUGUGAGUGAUUUUACAAACAGUAGUAUGUAACAGCUGUAGAAAUUUUAAUUUAUACUUGAAUUUUUAAGAUUUUUAUUUUCACUGCAUGUAAUUUGAAUGGGUCUUUGAUUAACAUGCAGUGCAUUGUAUUUCAUUUUAGGGUCAUUGUUGGCCAUUAAAACGAGAGCAGCAUUUAACCUGACUUAUCACUGUAUAUAUCAAUUUGAAUAUGAAAAUAAUUGUUAGGUCAUGGUUUUUUUAGGGCAUUUCCAUAUUUUCUCUGUCAUUUUCUUUAAGCCUGUGUUGCUCUUUCAUGCAGAUAAGGCCUGAUGACAGAUGGUUAAUUGAUUUUUGUGCGCUUCAUAACAUCACAAAGAACUGGAUGGAAAGAUUUCAGUUUCAUAUCCAUCUCUGCUCAACCUCUUAAUCAUUAAUCCGCCACACACUACACACCUGUGACUGAUGCCAGUUCAGUAGGCACCGUGUCAUUUAAGGGUAAUUUGCUUAUGGUUUUCCUUUCACACACUGUACUUACACACCUUUUUUGUUAACCAAGCGGUUUUCACCAUGGUGCUGUGUGGCCUAACGUUGCUCAGACUAACAGCAGCACUUUACAACACGCAAUGUCAAUUCAAAAAGUAGUGCUACAACUGAAAUAUUAAUAGGACAAAAAAAUUAAAUUAACUGCUGCUACUGAAUGAUUCAAUGGAGAGAUAUAAUGAGAUCACAGCUGUACAAUUUUGUAUAAGAAAAAACAAAAACUACAUAAACAUGAAAAGAAAU